AUGCGCCUCAACGGCUCGGCGCCGGGUCCGCGGGGCGCGCCGGGCGCCAAGCCCUUCCCGCUGCCACCCUCGGGGCUGGAGGCGGCGCUCCUGGUCCCCGGCUUCGGUAAUGGCUCAGGCAACGAGUCCGAGCGCCUCCGAGCGGCGCCCAGCAGCGACCUGGAUGUGAACACGGACAUCUACUCCAAGGUGCUGGUGACCGCCGUGUACCUGGCGCUCUUCGCGGUGGGCACCGUGGGCAACUCGGUGACGGCGUUCACGCUGGCGCGCAAGAAGUCGCUCCAGAGCCUGCAGAGCACGGUGCAUUACCACCUGGGCAGCCUGGCGCUCUCCGACCUGCUCAUUCUGAUGCUGGCCAUGCCCGUGGAGCUGUACAACUUCAUCUGGGUGCACCACCCCUGGGCCUUCGGCGACGCCGGCUGCCGCGGCUACUACUUCGUGCGCGAUGCCUGCACCUACGCCACAGCCCUCAACGUGGCCAGCCUCAGCGUGGAGCGCUACCUGGCCAUCUGCCACCCCUUCAAGGCCAAGACCCUCAUGUCUCGCAGCCGCACCAAGAAGUUCAUCAGUGCCAUCUGGCUGGCCUCGGGCCUGCUGGCCCUGCCCAUGCCCUUCACCAUGGGCCAGCAGAACCGCAGCGCCGACGGCCAUCACCCCGGCGGCCUGGUGUGCACCCCCAUAGUGGGCACCGCCACGAUCAAGGUCGUCAUCCAGGUUAACACCUUCAUGUCCUUCGUGUUCCCCAUGGUGGUCAUCUCCGUCCUGAACACCAUCAUCGCCAACAAGCUGACCAUCAUGGUCAGCCAGGCAUCUGAGCAGGGCCAGGUGUGCACAGUUGGGGACCAACACAGCUCAUUCAACAUGUCCAUCGAGCCUGGCAGGGUCCAGGCCCUGCGGCACGGCGUUCGGGUCUUACGGGCAGUGGUCAUCGCCUUCGUGGUCUGCUGGCUGCCCUACCACGUCCGGCGUCUCAUGUUCUGCUACAUUUCAGACACGCAGUGGACCCCGUUCCUCUUCGACUUUUACCACUACUUCUACAUGCUGACCAACGCCCUCUUCUACAUCGGCUCCGCCAUCAACCCCAUCCUGUACAACCUGGUCUCCGCCAACUUCCGCCAGGCCUUCCUGUCCACCCUGGCCUGCCUCUGUCCCCUGUGGGGGCGCAGGAGGAAGAGGCCAGCCUUCUCCAGGAGGACCAACAGUGUGUCCAGCAACCACACGUUCUCCAGCAACGUCACCCGGGAAACACUGUACUAGGCGGGUGGGGCCCCGCCGCUCGGCAGCCCCCCCCCACCCCCACCCCUGGGGCGGCGGAGGGGUCCCGCGAGGCCCGGGGCCCCACUUGUUUCAGCUUCUCCCCCAGCCCGCCCCACCCCUCCCUCCUCUCCGCUCUGAACGCCACGGAGAGAUUGUUCCUCUCCCGGAUCCAGAAAGGGCCUUUAAUGAGGACAAAUUAGUGCUGGGUGAAAGGCAGACUUCUUUGUUCCCAGACGGCUGUGUGUUGAGGGUGGACAGAAAUGAAAGGCAGGGUCGGGCCAGGCGGGCGUGGGGGGCGGCAGUGCCUCUGGCGGGGGGGGGGGGGGGGGGGGGGGGGGGGGGGUUGGAAGAGGCCGGCCGAGGUCCUGGCGCCCCCGGGGGAGCGAGGAGAGGACCCCUACCCUCCUCUGGUACAGCAGGCAGCCAGACGGCCCCCUCCAAGGGCGACUCCCGGGAAGCUUCCCUGUGUCCCCACAGACCACCCGGGGGUCGGGGUGCCGGGCAUCGGCCGGACCGGGCCUCCCCCUCCUCUCCCGCCUCCUCGCCAAAGCAGCGGGCUCCACAGGGAUGCCAGCCGCUGGGGGGCUGCCCUGGAAGUCCUCUUGGCUCGGCGGAGGCAAGGCCAGGUCGGCGGAGUCUUGUCUCCACACCCCCCGCCCCAGGCCAGGCCAGGGACGUCCCCGCGGGCUCUUGUCCGCUGUGCGGGUGAGCUCCCGCUGCCCAGCUCUGAGCUGCUUCGGGGUCGGCUCCCUGGAGUGGAGGGCAGCUGGCCGGGUCCCAGAGAGACGCCAGUUCUGGGGACUCGGCCACAGGUGAGGACGGGGAGUCGUGAGUACAGCCAGCCGGCCGGCCAGCGUCAUCCGUCACAGCCAGCCGGCAGCAGCCCCGGCUCCGGGGACCCAGAGGGGCAGGCGCCUCCUUGGUCUGGAAGAGCCGGUCUCCAGGCAGGGUGGCCUGGUCCCGGCCUUGGCCCUAGAAGGUCCCCCGAGCCAAAGGAGACAGUGGCAGAAGGGCCUGGAAAGAGAGGUACAGGCUUUUUAAAAGCCCAGGUUCUCCCUGGGCUCAGGAGCAUAUUUGGCCUGAAGGGAGACCGUCGGGCCGGCCGACAGCUGGGAACAGCCCUGACUCGGGACUCAGGAGGCCUGGUCCCUGUCCUGGGUGACCAGGGCUCGAUGUCCCACCCACAAAAAUGACAAGGUGGAUGGGAGGAUGUUGAUGGGCGCCCCGCUACGAACCGUGUCCUGCUUAAACCCCACGGGGUCCUUCUCCGUUCACCAGGGACAGCUCCAGGGGGAGGAGGUCAGCCCACAGCCAGCUCCGUGACCCAGGGGCCACCCACGCAGGGGCCAAGGCCAGCCCAGACCUGGCACACAGCGUCUGCUCUGGGCGGGUGAGCAGGGCGGCUGGGCCCUGGCGGUGGGCGUCGGGACGAGGGCCUGGACCCUCGCUGGCGCUCCGCGCCUCGGGCACGGGUCCUCGCGCCCGGGCUCAGCCCCCUGACAAAUGGGUGGGGCCGUUCCUCCCUCGCGGCCGGGACUCACGCGACCGUCUAGGCGGGCCCAGCCCAGGAUGGACGGAAGGGACGGUUCCCCGGGGUGGGGGCGGAGUCAACGCAGGUGGGGACCGCCCCCACCACCCCGCAGCCUCCGAGUCUCAGCGGGGGCGGGGUCCGUGCGCAGCCCCAAGUCUGUCCGACUCUCAAGGACCCCGCCUUCCCGUGUGCGCACUUCGUGCAGGUAGAGACGCAGCCGCGCGGCCGGGCCCCCCUCCCCGUGCCGUCCAGCCCCGUGGAGUCAGCUCCUGGCCACGUCACACUGGAGCUCCCGAAGCCGGUCUCAGAGAACAGUGUCCGGUGUGACUGGUCAGCAGUGAUGCAAAACCCCGCCGACGGCUCAAGCGCCCCCCCCCUCCCCGCCCCUGCCCCUGCCCCCGCUCCCGUGACGUAAUCAGCAAGAACAAAGCCCCCGAGCCUCUCAAUAAAGGAGACAGUGGCCCCCG